AUGAAAAUGAAGGAGCUGCUCCUCUUCCUCUCCUGUGUCCUCUGUGUCUCUGCUGAUGCUCUGCACAGUGACAUUGCUGUCGGUGGCUGUUCAGAGUCUGAUGAAGAGAACAUGUAUGGACUGGAUGGUGAAGAGGUUGCCUACGCAGACUUCAACAAAAAGGAGGAAAUCUACCCUCAGCCUCCUUUUAUUGAUCCUAUCAGUUAUGGGGAAGAAGCUUAUAAAUCAUCUGUGGUUUUUCAAAAGACCUGCAGAGAGAUCAUAAAGCUUUGUGGUAAAGGCAUGAAGGACUUCCCUCCAGAACAGGAUGCUCCUUCAGCUGUGAUGAUCUACACCAGAGAUGAGGUGGAGUUUGGAGAGAAUAACACUCUGAUCUGUCAUGUGACUGGUUUCUAUCCUGCCCCUGUCAACGUCUCCUGGACCAAGAACGGACAGAAGGUCACAGGAUCCAGCAUCAAUGUUCCCUAUCCCAACAAAGAUGGGACCUUCACCCAGAUCUCCAGACUUCAGUUCACCCCACAGCUGGGAGACAUCUACAGCUGUGCAGUGCAACAUCUGGCCCUUACACAACCAUUGACCAAAAUCUAUGAGGUGGAGGCGUCCGCUCACUCUGAUCCAGGUGUUGGACCCUCUGUGUUCUGUGGAGUGGGUCUGACUCUCGGCCUGCUCGGUGUGGCUGCUGGAACCUUCUUCCUCAUCAAAGGAAACGAGUGCAGCUGAUUGGCUCACGGUGAUGAUGUCAUCAUGGUUCUACAAUGAGCUCAUAAUG